GACAAUACCAUUUUGAUUUUGACAAUAAAGUGAAAACAAAAUCUCAAAAUUCUCAAAUUCUGAUUUAAUUUAUUUUUAUAUUUUGAACAGAAAGCAUUAAAUAAACAGACCUAUCAUUGUUUAUCGGAAAUCGCACUGCUGAAUAAAAGAAGCGAAGUCAAUAUCACGUAAUAAUGGCGUUAACCUAUAUUCGUCAAGCCGCAAAGUUAGUUUGUACCUCUAGUUUAUGUAGAUCGAAUUCUCAUUUAAUUAGAAAGAUAAGUACAAGCUGCCCGAGUCAGCUGGGUAUGAUCCCGAUAGUUGUAGAGCAGACGGGUCGCGGAGAGAGAGCUUACGACAUUUACUCUAGACUUUUGAGAGAGAGAAUAAUUUGCUUGAUGGGCCCUAUCAAUGAUGAUAUAAGCUCACUAGUGGUAGCCCAGCUCCUGUUCCUCCAGUCAGAAUCGAGUAAGAAGCCGGUACACCUGUACAUCAACUCGCCAGGAGGCAAUGUGACUUCGGGACUUGGUAUUUACGAUACAAUGCAGUACAUCACUCCGCCGGUGGCUACGUGGUGCGUGGGCCAGGCCUGCAGCAUGGCGUCCCUGCUGCUGGCGGCCGGCGCGCCGGGGAUGCGCCACGCGCUGCCCAACUCCCGCAUAAUGAUUCACCAGCCAUCAGGAGGUGUCAGAGGGCAGGCUACUGAUAUUCAAAUUCAGGCCGAAGAGAUCCUCAAGUUGAAAUCUCAGAUCAACAAUCUGUAUGUGAGGCACACUGGCUUGCCCAUUGAAAAGGUGCAGGGCUCAAUGGAGCGUGACUGCUUCAUGUCUCCAACUGAGGCCAAGGCUUUCGGCAUCAUAGACAAUGUGCUGGAGCAUCCUCCGUCUAUAUCAAUGGAAAAGGAAGCAACCGGAGCUGCCUCUUCUAGCUAGGAAUCUGUUUUGUUGUAACUUGUGAUCUACUUUUAAGUUGAGUAAUAGAAGAUUUAUAUAAUAAUAAAAUUUAUUUUAUGCA